AUGGCAACGAGCGAAGCUUAUCAACAAACGGUGAAUAUGUUAAGUGACUACAAAAUGCAACACUAUAUUCAUACAUGGGUGGCCAGUGGAUUGGCGGAAGACGAACAUGGCAAAUGUCCUUCUACAGCUAACAUAAGCUGCAAAGAUGGGUUACUAGUGCCAGUCUGGAGACCAAAGGACAACAUCAGUGUUGCUCAAAUAGCAGGUCGUGCCAUUGUGUACUUCCUUUCGUUAAUGUAUUGCUUUCUUGGUGUUUCCAUUAUCGCCGAUCGAUUCAUGGCUGCGAUCGAAGUGAUCACUAGUCAAGAAAAAGAAGUUCGAGUGAAAUCAAAGUCAGGAGAAAUUCAAGUUAUAUCUGUACGCAUUUGGAACGAAACGGUUUCUAAUUUAACACUAAUGGCUCUUGGAUCAUCUGCGCCCGAAAUUUUGCUUUCUAUUAUCGAAAUAUGUGGAACAAACUUUGAAGCUGGGGAGCUUGGCCCCGGCACAAUAGUUGGAUCUGCGGCUUUUAACUUAUUUGUCAUCAUUGGCAUUUGUAUUGCUGUCAUACCCAAUGGGGAGACACGCAGAAUUAAGCACUUUGGUGUCUUUGUUGUGACGUCGAUAUGGAGUGUAUUCGCCUAUCUCUGGUUAUAUUUUAUCAUCUCAGUGACAUCAAAGGGAGUCGUGGAAUUCUGGGAGGCAUUUCUCACCUUUCUUUUUUUCCCUAUAACAGUCCUUACAUCAUACAUAGCAGAUAUUAAGCUUUUUCAAAGGAAGUUCUUGAAAAAGAGGUAUAAGGCUAGACGGAAGGCAAAAUAUAUGGUAAAAAAUGCUGCUGAUGUUGAGGCAAAUGGAAAAUUUUCGGAAUCUGAAGUAGUUUCAGAAAGCAGUGAAGGUUCACUCGAAGAGGAAUAUGAAAAAACUCGUCUUGAAUACAUUGAAACCAUCAAAGAAAUCCGCAAGAAAAAUCCCCAUAUCGAUCCUAAGGAGCUGGAAGAGCUAGCACAGGUUGAAGUUUUAAACAGGGGUCCCAAAUCGCGAGCCUUUUAUCGCAUUCAAGCAACUCGACAAUUGACUGGCAGCGGUAAUGUAAUAACAAGAUCGAAACUUGAACGCAAACUCUCGAUCCAACAGACUGAAAUUACGGAAAUGUAUGCACCGGACGUUCAGCAACUUUACUUCAAUCCUGGCCACUACACAGUGAUGGAGAAUGUUGGAAGCUUCCAAGUCACAAUUUCUCGCAAGGGCGGUGAUCUUAGAGAUGAAGUGGCAAUCGAUUAUGCCACUGAGGACGGUACUGCAGUCGCUAAUGAAGACUAUGAGCCGACUAAUGGAACGCUUGUUUUUCGUCCUAAUGAACAGCACAAACAAAUAUCUAUAACCAUCAUUGAUGAUGAUAUCUUUGAAGAGGAUGAACAUUUCAAUGUUCGGAUUAGUAAUCUUCGUGUGAUUCAAAAUUAUGGGCUCACUUCCGACUGGAAGAUUGUGGAUCCAGCUGUUGCUACUGUCAUGGUGUUGGACGACGAUCACUCAGGCAUUUUCCAUUUCGCUUCCGAGUCGGUUGAGAUCAGUGAAUCUUGCGAAGUUGCCGAAUUCACCGUUAUUCGCAGUUCAGGUGCUCGUGGUUGUGUGCAUGUUCCAUUCAAAACAGUGGAUGGCACUGCCAAGGGAAACGGCAAGGACUACUCAGACGUUUCUGGUUUCGUCGAAUUUUUGGAUGAUCAGACCGAGUACGUCAUCCACCUUAUCUGUUAUGCGAAGAUAGUUAAUGCAACUUAUUUACUAAAAGCUGUCAUUCGCGUCCCAAUUGUGGAUGAUAAUGACUACGAGAAGAACGAAUACUUCUUCAUUGAGCUUGGACAGCCAACAAUCGUCGAGAGGGAAGGUGAGUGGACGCACUUGGAGGUAAAAACAAUUUUUCGGUCUCACUUACCUUUGACCGACUGUAACAAGCGUCUUAUUGACACUCCUUGGUGUUUGAGUGGGCAGAAAAUGCUCUCCUCUUCAUUUAAGGUGCAGAUAGGGAUUGUAUGCGCUCUCUCACGCAGUGAAAUUACCUUCCUCUUUUCUCACUUGUCCUUCCCUCUUUAG